ACAAACAGCGGCGACUCCCAUUCUUUUGAGCGCCGUCUCCCUCGUUGACCAUGAUCUCCGUCACGUUCUUGCUCACUGCGCUCCCUCUUCUUGUGGCUGCGCAGUUGGACGACGUCUUGCCCACUAGCAACUCGAGCUUCAACGCGUUCCCGUAUUCACCAGGUUUUGAUAUUGAGGCUGUGGCGAAGACUGCGAAGAUCCUUCCCACCCACUCAUGGGAAUACGGAUCGGCGUGUGAGGCUCUUCUCGAGUUGCACAAUCCAGAGUACUCUGUGUUUGGCGAAAACCCAUUCCCCACGAUUGUCCUGGACUCCAAGAACGUGGAAGCACUUGCGUAUGCAAAGGACAAGAUCGUUCUAGGCGAGGUUCCUAAUGCAUUCGCUGACGGCGACGGUGCCGUGGGUGACCCCGCCGCACUCGGCGUCUACGCCAUGCUUCUGGGCAAGGCUGGUGAUCUUCCUAUGUUGACCACUGCCGACGCCGAGGUGUCUUACCUGGUGGGCACCGCACCGCGCUGGCCCAACGGCGCCAUCAGCCAUCGUGCCGAUGUCGCUGAGCUUUGGGCUGACUUCCUGUACAUGGCACCGCCGUUCCUUGCGUACUACGCCGCAGACAAGAAGAACGAGACUCUGCUCCGCGAGUCGGUGGACCAAUGCUCCUUCUACCGCGAGGUGCUCCAGUCCAACUCCUCUACCACUCCUGGUAUCUGGGAGCAUAUCAUCGGGCCCCAGAGCGCUGACCCCGGUCUCUGGUCAACUGGAAACGGCUGGGCAGCUGCUGGAUGCACCCGCGUCCUCGCCACUGUCCUCAAGUCGCCCUUCGGGCAGACGCUCGCGUGGAAGGACGAGGCCAUCAGCACCCUUACCACCCUCAUCAAGGAGAUCGUCGACGGUGCUAUGGCCAUGCCCGAGGACGAUGGCCUCCUCCGUAACUACCUCAACGACACGAUCACCGAGCACGGCUUUGGCGAGAUCAGCGGCACCUCCCUCCUCGCCGCCGUCACCUACCGCAUGGCCGUGCUGCAGCCCCAGGCGUUCGGCGCCGACUACAUCGCGUGGGCCGAGGACGUGCGCACCACGCUUGGAGCAAAGGAUGCCGCGGGGCUCCCGCACGUGACCGCCAACGGCACCGUCACUCCCGCCGUCAACCCGUUGGGGUGGCAGGAUACGGAGCCUUUCACCGCAGGGAGUCCGGAGGGCAACAACUUCGUCGUGUUGCUGUACGCGGCGUGGCGCGACUGCAUUGACGCCGGCAUCUGCCCGAAACCGGAGGACGCGCCCACCACCGCGGCGCCUGCUGCGCGCCGUUUCCAUCGCCGCCAGCGUGCACACUUUGCGCCUCUUGCGUGAGUAUGCUGAGGCCCUCGUUGUCGGCUUUGGUUGCGCACUCUGGUAUCGUCGUUACGUACACGCUCUUGUCUCGCCUGUUGUCCACGCCUUCUGCUUGUUGGUUUACCCUCUAAGUUAUCACAUAUUGUACCUACUACCGCUCCUGCGAUUACUUCCUGACCGCUCAAUGGCCAAUGCGUUCGUUCCCCUUCAUGCGAGUUUUCCAGUCCUUUGUGUCGCGUAUGUUCGUCCAGCCUUUCAUUGGCCAUUUCUGAGUUCAUCGCACUUGAUCCAACGCGAUUCCCAUCG